AUGUACGCGGACGAAUCUGUAAUCCAAGAGCCUCCCCAAGAUGGAUGGCCUACAAUCAGUCCGAACGGCUGGCCGGAAUUCGACAAGACGGACAAGGUGAUCGACCUUCUUCGUCAUCUACCCUAUAUAAGCGGCUUCACCCAGAUCGCUCCCGAUUGUGAUCUUGUAAGCUGGCAUACAUGUCGUGGGGAUGAGGAUGGUGUGGAUUUCCAUGAGGUGUCCGAGCCGUUUGAGGACGAAGCAAAGAUACCAUCUCACAUUGUGGGUCUCACGUUGCAAGGAACGCAUGGUCUGACUUUCCUACUCGAUACGGAACUCGGUGUCAUCUACUGGUACGAGUGCGAUAGCAAAGCCAAAGUCGAGAUACCAGAGGUUCAUCCCGACCCUUACGGCUGGAUGGACGAUGGUCUGAUCUCUGAAGACCAGGCUGACUGGCGGGCCGGCAGUGGAGUCUGGGAGAUUUCAGACUUCUUUGAGAUGCUCAAGGCCAAUUUCAGGACGCUCAAUUUCGUACCUUUUCACCACGAUGAUGUCAAGGCUGCUUAUUAUUCUUGCGGAAACGAUGGCCGGGAGACGCUGGAGGAAGUUCAGAAGAUCUACAAAGAUCAUGGGUGGCCUGAUCUGACGCGAUACCGUAAGAGGGAUUGCCUUGCAGCUGUCGAGGCCUACUUGAAAACCCGUUAUCUAGCGCUGGAGAGAAAACCAAUAGUAAGAUCUGCCACCAUAAGGCCUCUUCUCCUUGUUACGCAAUACGAUGCAGCUAAUAGCUUCUAA